UCCGAUAACAUCUGGCAACUCCGCAUCACAUCAUUGUAUUGUAUUUGUUGGAACUAUUUUAUUUGUAUUUGAAAACGGUCAUUUGCGAGCAACAACAGUGCGAUAUUCCACUUGCACCUGCACUGUAGGAACUUCACCUGUUGACCCCACUGCGGAGACAAUCGAAUCGAUGUCGAGUUUACAGCGCACGAUAUUGAAGGGCAAGCUGCCACCCACAAUUCCUGGCGGGCGUAUUGGCAGAGCGGACUCGUUCAAGAAGUCGCGCAUCCGCGACUACAAACCUGGCAUGUGGAACGAGUUUUUCGCGGAGAAGGAAGACGUCACAGUGGAUGAGCAGCGUACCUUUCGAGUCUAUCGCACUAAGCAACCAGAGAAGCCGGCAUUUCCAGUGCUUCUCCUGCUCCAUGGUGGUGGCUAUUCGGCCCUCACCUGGGCCCACUUUUGCUCUGAGGUGACCAGCAUGAUCCACUGCCAGUGCCUGUGCAUCGAUAUGCGCGGCCACGGUGACAGCAAAGUGGACGACGAGGACGAUCUCUCGGCGGAUACUCUGGCAAAGGACAUAGCUGAUUUAAUCUUGAAGCUGUAUCCUGAGGAAGUUCCGCAGCUUUUUGUCGUCGGACAUUCGAUGGGCGGCGCUAUAGCUGUCCACUUCGCCCACAUGGCUUUGGUGCCUAAUUUGAUUGGAAUAACCGUCAUCGACGUUGUGGAGGGCACUGCCAUGGAAGCACUGGCCAGCAUGCAGAGCUUUUUGCGCUCCCGUCCAAAGUAUUUUCAGAGUAUUCCCAAUGCUAUCGAAUGGUGCAUCCGUAGCGGCCAGGUGCGUAAUGUGGACAGUGCUAAAGUGUCCAUGCCCGGUCAGAUAAUCAAUUGUACAACGAACAAACUUGCAACGAAUGAUCUGCCACUACCCGACGAAGUGCUUGAGGAGGCGCACCAUAACAGCAUGUUUCCCAAUCCGUUUAGCAUUUCAGAAGAUGAAGAAUCAUCGCCGCCGGGCGAUGAUUCCGCCGAUGGCACCGCAGAUGGUGCUUCAGCUGGCGCGGAUUUUAAGAAACCCGUCACGACCAAAUCAAUGACCGAAGCAGCCAAAAAUUACACCUGGCGCAUUGAUCUGUCCAAGUCAGAGAAGUAUUGGGUGGGGUGGUUCUCGGGCCUGAGCGAGAAGUUCCUCAACUUGCGUGUGCCCAAGCAGUUGCUUCUGGCCAGCAUCGAUGGAUUGGACCGCACCCUGACCGUUGGCCAAAUGCAGGGCCGCUUCCAAAUGCAGGUUCUAGCCCGUUGCGGACAUGCCGUGCACGAGGACCGUCCACACGAAGUAGCCGAAGUAAUUAGCGGAUACUUAAUCCGGAAUCGCUUUGCGGAGGCGGCUAGCGAAUUCCGGUGCCACAUGCCGUCGUGCUAAAAUAUACCACCCCCUGAAUCCGAGGUUGAGCACAAGCUGAGGUCACAAAAGUCUAUUUUUGAAUAGAGGAACAUUACUCUUUGAACUAACAGAUGCGUGCAUAUAUAUAUAUACAAAGUGUAGUGCGUAGGUCCAGAUAUAUAUAUAGCCGUAUAUUCUAUAUACACAUAUACUUAUAAUCCAGUAAUUUAUUCGGUAUUUUUAAUUAAACCUUAUGAAUUUUUAACA